AUGGAGGUUGCUAUGGCGGGGAUUGAGGGGAACGGUGGGCCGGUUGGAUACCGGGACAGUUACCAUUCCACUCAGCGACCCCUUUUACGAUCUUCUAAUCUUCCAAAUUCCAGGUCCUUUCCGAAGCUGUCAGAGGAAGACAACACCAAUGACGAUGGGAUGGGCGCAGCCGGGAUCGACUAUGACUGCAGCUGUGAGCGCGUUGUAAUCAACGUCAGCGGCCUCAGGUUCGAGACCCAGCUCAAGACACUGACCCAGUUUCCAGAAACGCUCCUCGGAAACCCCCUGAAGCGCAACCGCUACUACGACCCUUUACGCAACGAGUACUUCUUCGAUCGCAAUCGGCCUAGCUUCGACGCCAUUCUGUAUUUUUAUCAAAGUGGUGGCAGAUUGCGGCGACCUGUCAACGUGCCACUAGAUGUAUUUUCUGAAGAAAUCAAAUUUUAUGAGCUUGGAGAGAGUGCCUUUGAGAGGUACCGAGAGGAUGAAGGAUUCAUAAAAGAGGAAGAAAAACCUUUACCACAAAACGAGUUCCAACGGCGGGUCUGGCUGCUCUUCGAGUAUCCCGAAAGUUCGGCAGCAGCAAGGCUCUGCGCCAUCUUCUCAGUAGUUAUAAUCUUAUUAUCCAUUGUUAUAUUUUGCCUAGAAACAUUACCGCAGUUUAAGCACUACAGGGUUAUUAAUUCUACACUCAACGAUUCUAAAGAGUCUAUUGAAGAGGAUGACAUCCCCAAGUUCAAUGAACCUUUCUUUAUUAUUGAAACAUGUUGUAUUAUAUGGUUUACAUUUGAGCUGUUAGUCAGGUUCGCUUCAUGUCCAGAAAAAUUAGGCUUUUUCAAAAACAUCAUGAACUGCAUAGACAUUGUGGCCAUCAUUCCAUACUUCAUCACAUUGGGCACCGUCGUGGCGGAUCAGAGCAAGAGCAAUAAUCAAGCCAUGUCUUUGGCGAUCCUCAGGGUGAUUCGGCUGGUGCGAGUGUUCAGAAUAUUUAAACUUUCCAGACACUCAAAGGGUCUUCAGAUCCUGGGACAGACUUUAAAGGCCAGCAUGCGGGAGUUAGGCCUCCUAAUAUUCUUCCUCUUCAUAGGUGUUAUUUUGUUUUCCAGUGCCGUCUAUUUUGCAGAAGCAGAUGCAGAUCAGACUCAUUUCAAAAGUAUUCCUGAUGCAUUUUGGUGGGCUGUUGUGACCAUGACGACAGUCGGCUAUGGUGAUAUGAUGCCGAUUGGCGUGUGGGGCAAGCUAGUUGGAUCCUUGUGUGCGAUAGCUGGUGUGCUAACCAUUGCUCUUCCGGUUCCGGUCAUUGUAUCCAAUUUCAACUACUUCUAUCACCGAGAAGGGGAGAGUACGGACAAGGGUGUGUACAAACAUGUACAGUCUUGCCACUUUUCAGAAAAGAAGGACUCUUUGGAUUCGGAGUCUGGGUCAGAUAUCAUGGAGAUGGAGGAAGGUAACCACAAUACAUCGUUACAUGAGAAGGUGGAAGAGAACCAUACAGUCAAGACAAACAAUCCUGGUAAUGACUUUGGUUUAGAGACUGAUGUAUAA